GCCUAAAGUGAUGGCGGCACGGUUAACGCGUACAUUACUGCGGCGGACUGGCGUCACCUCCUCUACGACUUCCUGCAAGCUUUUCGUUUCUCGAACCUUUGCGAAUGCAGCAAGGGGCUCCGACGAAGCUAUCAAGUCGGAUUUUAAGCGCUGGGCGAAGAAGGAGCUGGCUCUGUUGGCCUUCAUGGUGGCGGCUGGGACCACGGGCGUUCACUUCUACCAGAACCGAAAAAGUUCUCCAGUGAAGCAAGUUGAGCGGCUGGUCAAGCAAGCGGAGCAGAGUGCCAAGCAGGGAGAUCCAAAGCAGGCACUUAGGCAUUGUCUGCACGCUUACGACGUCAUCAGGGGCACUAACCCGCACGACCGACACUUGUUCGAGCUGGCGUUCUCUAUUGCUGCGCAGUAUGAAUCGUUGGACAAAGAUACACCCGCAACAAACUACUACCUCGACGCGCUGGAGCACAAUUUGAGCGAGAUGAACGUCGCCACGAGGGAGCGGAAUCGGGUGGUCACACUGGACCGUAUUGCACAGUCCUACGAGAACAGAGGCCACGUCAAUACAGCGGAGAGAUAUUUCAAGCAAGCGAUUAGUACGUACGACCAGAACCGAGGACGGCGAGAGCUGUCAAAGGUACCGAGGAGUGAGGCGAUUGACGUCGCGGCACUCGAUAGGGAGAUGCCCGGAGUGCUUUUCAACUACUCGCAGCUCUUAUUGGCGAACAAACGCUGGAGUGAAGCCGGGAAUACGCUGCAACGCGCCUUGAGUCUCGCCCGCGUGUCCUCGCUGUCAAGUGAGUAUGUGGAGCUUAUCGAAGGUGCAAUGGCCAAUGUUAAAGCUGUGGAAGCGUCAGAAAAGGAACGAACAGGGCAGAAGCAAGAAGUGGAGUAA